AUGGGCCGCUCCCCAGAAAGCAAUGCAGCAACAAAUCGCACUGAUUAUUCAAAAGUAUUAACAAAAAUCUAUAAACCCGAAACGACACCAACUGAACAACAAAAAUUCACAAUGACGAAGACAACGACACUUUUCCCAACCGCAUCAGAACAAACAAAAGAACCGACACAUACGCCAAAGACAAAUAAAGAAGCAUCGACUGAGUCUGACGAAGAAACAAGAGAUAGUCCACAUUCUCAAACAGAAUUAAAUGUAGCAUCAUACAACAACAACAGUACGUAUCGUCAAUCAACAUCAGAAUGGAUUUGUAAUGCGUGCACAUUUAUCAAUUCAAUAAAUGAUAAUCAUUUCUCUCCAUAGAUUACUCGAAUUUUGAAUAAGUGAUUCUGAGUUCGUUGUUUUAAAGAACCUGUUUCACAUGAAGUGUAAAGUUCAAUUUUCAAUGCAAAAUUUUCAUCCGGAUUAAUAUGAGAAUUUUUAUUUUGUCAAGUAAAAUAAAAAUAACAAAGUACUUUGAGUUAAAGCAGAAAAAGAAUAACAACAUAGACAUUAGAACUAGGGGUGGCACUUUACCUUUACUUUACUAGUAACUAGUAACGAGAUUAGCUACUCGUUACCAGUAACCAAGUAACUAGUGCAGUUGCUCGUUAUUGGUAACUAGUAACUGACUAAUUUAGUUACUUUGUUACUACUAUGCGUUCCAAAAUACAAGACAGUCAGCCACUUUUUGAAUAACUUUUGAUAGGAAUGAGAUAGAGACCUGCGAUUUUCGCUGUUCAAUAGCCAAGACUUGAGCAGAAC